CAAUGUUUACAACGUCUAUUAAUAUCGUAUACGUGAUGUGCAAGGAACAGGCGUAACUCUUCUUCCUUUUAUUAUUCUAACAUCUGAGAAAAAUUAAUAUUAAUGUUAAAUCAUUUUACAGCAUUAAAAUUAAACCAUCGAAACAAUAUUUAAACAUUGAAGAUACUUGAUAUACUGUUGUAUUUAUGUCUCUCAGAAGCUGCUUUAAAACACGGUCAAAAGCUCUUUGCUAUGUUCCAAAAUACUCCAAAACAAGCUGUUUGCUUUGGGAAGCAUUUUUCCGAGGACCCCACAAAACCAAUUUGAAAAUGGAUAGAGCAGAGUAUAACAGGACGGUUUUGUUGAAUGAGUCGUACUUAUGUUGAAGAUAGUAAAAUUGUAAUUGUUUUCAUAUAAAUUACCUCUUGAAGAGCUAGUAUAAACAUGUCACUUCAGUGCAGAGAUAAGGAAAAUUAAGUAUAAAAGGGCCAGCAGCAACUGUUUCAGACAACAAAUCGAAUUGUUAACUCGUUAAAAUGGGCAAACUUUUAGUACUGUUGGCCAUUCUCAGUCUUGGCCAAAUAAUUACCGCCGAACGCAUUGUCAAUUGUUACUGGGGAACUUGGGCAAACUACCGAAGUGGCAAUGGAAAAUUUGAUGUGUCCAACAUCGAUGCCAAUCUCUGCACCCAUCUGAGCUACUCAUUCUUUGGCAUCAAUGAUAGUGGAAACAUUCAAUCGCUGGACACCUGGCUGGACUAUGACUUGGGCUUCAUCAGCCAAGCCAUUGGCCUGAAGCGUCAGAAUUCCAACCUGAAGGUGCUCGCUGUGGUUGGUGGCUGGAACGAGGGUUCCACCAAAUACUCAUCCAUGGCCGGUGACUGGAGCAAGCGUCAGAACUUCAUCAACUCUGCCCUGACCCUGCUGCGCAACAAUGGCUUCGAUGGUUUGGAUCUGGAUUGGGAAUACCCCAAUCAGCGCGGUGGCAACUGGAAUGAUCGCUCCAACUUUGUUACUUUGUUGCGCGAGUUGAAGGAGGCCUUUGCUCCCUACGGUUACGAACUGGGAAUUGCUGUUGGAGCUGGAGAGUCGCUUGCCAGCACCUCAUAUGAGAUUGCCAACAUUGCCCAGCAGGUGAAUUUCAUCAACGUUAUGACCUACGACUUUGCCAUGGCUUCUGAUGGCAAGACUGGCUUCAAUGCACCACAAUGGGCCAUCGAGAACGCCAUUAACUAUUGGCUCAGCCAGGGUGCUCCCGCUAACAAGCUUGUGCUUGGCGUUGGCAGUUAUGGUCGCUCUUUCCAAUUGUCCGAUCCCUCUCAGAACUGGCCAGGAGCACCAUGCCGCGGCGUUGGUAGUGCUGGAGCUUAUACUGGCGAUGGAGGCUACUUGGGAUACAACGAGAUCUGUCAGAACAACUGGCACACAGUCUUUGACAACGAUAAUGCUGCUCCCUAUGCCUACUCUGGUGAUCAAUGGGUCAGCUUCGACAAUGUGCUCAGUGUGCAGUGGAAGAUGGACUUCGCUCUGAGGAAGAACCUUGCUGGCGCCAUGGUUUGGUCCCUGGAGACCGAUGAUUAUCGCGGUCUCUGCGGCCAGGCUUACCCACUCCUCAGGACCAUCAACGAAAAGUUGCGUUGGUAA